CAAGAGGUCAAGAGAUGAUCAGAUUAAACAAUCAGCUAUAUUGGAGCCCUCUCUGAUGUCGAGAGAGGACUGGAUGACCUCCUCAGGCUAUGGAAAUGACUAGUGAAGACUCAUUUUGGUAAAAUAAAAGUGAUCUUGAUCAUAAAGAUUAUACAGACAAAACCUGCCAUCAGAAUAUAUAUAUCCUCAGAGACAGAGAUACAAUUAACGAAGAGCCGUAAGUUACCACUGUACCACAGUGACACAUACACCAAACCUGAAGUAACAUAUAUUCUUGGCACACUGAUUUUGACUAUGGAUAACUCCAUUUACCUGAACAGUCUUUCACAAAUUAUAUGGUCAUUAUAACGACCUAGUCUGCCAAUACAACUUACAUGUAUCAUUGGGUCAAAUGCUGUCUGACGUGUUUCAUACCGAUUGUUGGGCCGUUUUUGGCACACUGAUUUUGACUACGGAUAACUCUGUUUACCUAGCUGAUCAAGAUAUAGGGCUUACCGCGGGUGUGACUGGUCGACAGGGGAUGCUUACUCCUCCUAGUCACCUCAUCCCACCUCUGGUAUAUCCAGGGGUCCGUGCUUGCCCAACUCUCUAUUUUGUAUUGCUUAUAGGAGUUAUGAGAUUGGUCACUGUUCAUUAUAUUCACCUUUCAUACAUAAAUCACAGUGACACGUACACAGAACCAGUGACAAGUACACAGAACCAGUGACACGUACACAGAAUCAGUGACAUGUACACAGAACCACAGUGACACAUACACCAAACUACAGUGACAUGUACAAUAAAACUAUGAUUGGCUGUGUACAAAAACAAAAAGUUUGCAUGCACCUACAAAAAUCACAGGAGUUUUGUUAUCAUACAGAGUUGUAAAUUGUGAUUAGUUCAAUGGAACAGAUGAUCCUUCUGAAAUACUUCUACAGAUAUUACUGUGAGCAAAACAAUUAGCAUCACAUUUGUAUAGAUAUUUUAAAACUUGUACAGAUAUUUUAGAACUAUAGCAUCACAUUUCUAUAUACAGAUAUUUUAGAACUAGCAUCGUAUUUCUAGAUAUUACUGUCGGAGCAGAACAAGCAUCGUAUUUCUACAGAUAGUACUGAUAUUAAUGCCUGCUGGUACUUGAACAUUGGAAAUCUUUAGCUCAGUGAUCAAACAAAUUUUACCAGCUAGUCUAGACAAAAUCAGAACUAUAUACAAAAAGUUCCUUGGGCAGUGUAAAAUCUGUUUACCAGUAAGUGCAUCUAGCUAAAUCAAUUUACUUACAAUACAAUAUUGAUCAAAAGUAACAGCGGAAGAAAAUAUCGUAACGAAAUCAUUGCUGUGAAUAUUUCUAAAAGACAUUUUCAGUAUCAGACUGAACAGAGGGAAAUAAUAACAAUUCCUGUACGAUAGAGACUUUGAUAUUUAAGUCUAUGGUUGGAUAUUUAACACUAUAAUCAUUUCCCUUUUUUGUGCAUCAACUUGAUUGGAUAUGAUAUUGUUACAUUUACGUAUAAACACCAGUGUUUUACCUUGAGGGAAAGUUUUAAUCACGAUCACGCUAUCUGAGUUUUUACCGUGGCUGAUUUUUAUCACAUAUAAAGAAUUUUGAAUCAGGGAUUUUAAAACAGCUGCUUGUAGGACUGAAUAAAUCAAUGGGAUUCCACUUCAUUAACGGGAUUAACCAUCCUAAGGAAGACUACCAAGUGAAAAUUCAAUCUUAACGGAGAUAGCGUGGAUAGUGUAUGGCUUCAUUAUCAAGUUUAAAUCUCUCCUGGAUCAAUGAAAUUUUAAUGCAGGCUUGUUGUGUCACAGUACACACUAUGAAACAUAGAUUCUUCUCUGAAGUGUCAAUGUUAAUGACUAUAUUGUGGAACUCACAGGAAUCUCCAGAUUUAGGCUUGUUGAAAUGAUCUCCAAUGGGCAAUUUACUGAAACUUGAGAAUUUAAACAUGCUACAAUCAACUCAUCUACUACAGAUAUUUAAGAUGUGUGAUGCGAUUUCACCAAUGUACUAUACUAAGUUAUAGUAACCGCGGCUACAGAAAGCAUAUAUCCCAUGGUGCUCUCUUCUUAUAAGAAUCAAUACAAAGAAUUAUUGUAUAUAACUCCUCACCAAGCAUCAACGACACACUGAAGAUGUAGGAAGUGAAUCGGAUAAGCUUCAAAUUCCUGGAUUUACUGAACAGUAACAUAUUUCUUGGGGAUAGAAACGGAAGUGGAAUUUGAAAAGAAGAGCGAUCACAGAUCUGCAUCCCAGAGACUGGAAUUGAGUUUGUGAUCUCGCAUUAAAAGGAAUUUUCUGGACAACUCAAUCAUAAAAAGAAAAGGUCUGAUUCUUUUUGCAUCUGAAAAUUCUCCUUUUCUGAGCUGAUGUCUUUAGGAACGGAUGUUGCUUAAGUGGUUGUAUGUACGCCAGUUAAGUUUGCUUCACUGUGCAGGAACUUUGAUUUAUACAGAAGAACAGGCAAGGACAGCUCGCUGUCUGUGACAAAGAUUUAAAGUAGAAGAGCAAUUCUCUCAAGCCUGAGUCAGAUUUGAUCCCCAGCUCUCUGUGCUGUGACCAAUAUAGUGAACUCUCAUUGAUUUACAAUUGGAGCAUUUUAAAUGCUGGAAGUCUUCAAAAUUUUACAAAUCUUAUUCUAGAUUAUUUGAACAACCAUUAAAUGAAACUUCACAUGAUAACUGAUGUAAUACACAAAGUUUGAUGUCAUACACAAUGGAAGGAUUUAACAAUGAAACUGUGAAUUUGAAUGUAACGAAGUCUGAAACAGAUGUCAUGAAAUUGGAAUUGAGUUUCGCAAUACUGUCUGUAAGUGCUUUAAGUUUGUCUGCACUACUUGGAACAAGUGGCAACCUAUUUGUUAUCAUUACAAUGUGCAGGAAAAGGCUCUUCAGAAAGGUUCGUUAUGCCCUCCUUCUUCUAUUGAUGUUCGCGUCUCUCCUGACAGACAUCGUGUACUGUCCUGUCGAGUUAGCUAGGAUAGCUCUUUAUUUGAAUUCUAACAACUCAUGGAUGAAACUGAAAUAUGUUUCCUCCAGUAUAUAUCUACUUGUGUUCUCUGCCGUUUCGUGUGUUUUGCUUUUCAUUAGUUUGAAGAACCUCUGUAUCGUAACGGAGAAAUUCACGCGCGCCUACAGGUUUGCGUUGUGUGCGUUCUGUGUGAUUACGACAAUGCUUGUGAUUUUCUGUCCUGCUGUAGGAUAUGGCAUGCUUUCCAAACUGGAGGAGGAGGAGUACAAUUCUUCCACUCCCUUCCAUAUUCUGAAUGCAAAACCUUUCCUCUUUAGGAUCACCUACUUCAGCUUGUGGAUCAUGAUCAUCCUCUUUGUUUUAGCAGGGAUGAUUUCCUUCAUUGUGGUCACACACCGAGCAAAGCGAUCUGAGCUGGAUGUGUCAUCUGAGUAUUCACAGCCUCACAACCCAAACAAAUCCACCAUUCCUAAGGUGCUUGUCAAACACUUGGAGAAUUCUCUUCAUUCUGAUGAGGAGGAGGAGGAUGAGGAAGAUGAAGACGAGGACAGAUCUGCGAAUCAGCUUCUUGAUUCUUACUCUGGAAAGGAGGACAACACGUCCACACUCGGAGAUCUACCUUCUCCACCUCGUCCAAAGGGCAAUCACUUAGGUGUCAAUAUGGCUGCAUACCUUGGCAGACGGAGGCACACCAUAGGGCAAAUUGGAACUACUGGGCUGGAAACUUUAGAAAAAGCCAAGCAGUAUAACUAUGUUCGUAAAUUUUCUGUAGAUAUUCAGGCACUACAAGCGCAACUUGAAAAUCCAAAGAGGCAUGCAUCAGGCCUUCCAUUUUCAUCCGACACAGAAAUUCAGAAAUCCCUGCAGAAAUCUAAUGCCAAAGAAGACAUGUUAAAGAGAAUUAAACUUGCCCAGCAGUCUCCCUUGGUACAAAACAACAGAACUACUGAAAGUGUGAAAGAAACAGAUGCUGAUUCCCAAACAAGCAGAAAUAGUGUGAAGAAUUCAAAUGAAAUGUUGCAUGAAUUACCUCCCCUUUUGACGAUAUCGGAUACAACAGCCGAUGAGUUUCGCGAGAGAGCUCAUGAGAGAGACCCCUCAUCGAGUUUUAUCAAGCUCUCCUGCUCUCUCGUGCUAACAUUUCUGUGUUGUGCGCUGCCUAUGUUUAUAAUCGAGACUCUCAAAGAAUUCAUUUCUGUGUCAGUCUACAUAAAUUUACUUACUUUCACUUUAGCAUUGUCAACAAUUCAAACCCUGAUCUUCCCCCUCAUUAUCUCAAUUCUCGACUUUCAUGUCUACAAAUGUUUUCAGAAAAUGCUCUCUACAAUCCACAUCAAGUGCUUUGGUUUGUGUUACCAAAGAGAGGCCGUACCAGCAACCAAUCAAGAGGAAGAAGAUAUUUCAAACACUCAAGUCUGAGGAUGUGUACAACUUCAUCUAUAAAGAUUGACUUUAAUUGCGAUUGAGACAUGUUAACAAAGCCGAACCAACAGACAACUAAUUUUAUAAUUAAUCUCACUACUAGACUUUUUCAAUCUAAUAGACAUGGAUAUCUCUACAAAUACCAAGAGGUUGAGGGAACAAUGCAGUAUCAGAUUUACAACAGUGUUGUCAGUGCACCGAAUCAGGAUGAUUAUAAUGGCGUGCUGAUUGAAGCAGUCAUCUUUCACAUAGAUUAGUUUUAGGCUUUGUGUUAUUGAAAACAUUCAUUUGAAUUCUCUACAAUUAGUGUGUUCUGAAACUGCAAAAAAAAAAAAAGAAGAAAAAAUCUGACUACGAUGGUGUCAUCCUCCUGACAGGUCUUCUGAUUUAUCAACAGUGUCGUUAUGGAGACAUAUUAGAUUGUAAUGUAUGGGGGAAAAAAUGUACACAGAUAUUUUCGCCACUGUUAUUUGCAUCUAAAGGUCCGGAGGAAAACAUUUCAUCCAGUUUUUAAUUUACUUUGUCCCAUUUUAAAUCUAAACAUUGUCAAAGCCAUUUAAUUCAGUGUGCUCUAAACGAACAAUGAUUCAAUUUUAAUUAGCCCAGUUUUUAAUUUGCCCACUUAGAAUGUGGAUGAACUAGGCAAAAAUAUAUAUUGAAGACGAAAGUUUCCCAGUGUACAGUAAAAUUAUUAUAAUAAUUUACCUCGUUUAGUGAAAAAUUGCAGUUUCAUUGAUGUACAAGUAAUUAUAACUUCUCAAUUAAAGACUCCCAACUCAUGAUAUUCAGGAAAAAAAUAUUGUUUUGACAAAGUGAUAAUCUGUCCAUAGUAAGCGUAGAUAGAUAAUAAAUAUAAAGCAAACAAAAUUUAUUGUAAAAUAAAACAGAACCAUUAAAGUUAGGUGUAGAUGGCUUAAAGGAUUAAAUUAUAAAUUUUAAUAAAUAUGAAAACUAAAGUCUGCUUAAUACAAUUUAUACAUACAUUUUGUAUAUCAUGAAGGCCUUUAAAAUGUUAAGAUAUAUUCAUUUCCCUUUUCAUCUGGCUUGGGAUAUAUGGGACAUGAUUUGAGCCAACAAACUCUUAAAUUCUCAUGAUUGUCUCAAACCACUAGUACUGUCCAUGCAGGCUUGGAUUUUGCAAAGAAAUCUCAAACUUAAGUUGAGUUUUCAAUUGAGCAUAAAAAUGCUUGUGAAUAAAAACAGUACGAAAAUGGAGUGCACCGACUUCUUUAUCAUGCAGCAGUUAUUGUUAAGUUGAUCUGCUAAAAUCGUUGUCAUGGUUACAUUUCCUAUAAAAUAAACUACUACAAGACUA